GAAGCAAAAUGGACGUGAGAUUUCCUGGAUUCGUCGACAACAUCUUCCUCGACAACAUCCAAGACAUGCUAGACCAAUUCACAGAUGAAGUAUCCGACACCAAGCAACAACCCAACAACCCUUCUCGAGUCUACGUACGUGACACCAAGGCCAUGGCACGUACACCAGCCGACAUCAAAGACCUACCUAAUGCAUACCAGUACAUUGUUGACAUGCCCGGGGUUAAGCCCUCAGAGGUAACGGUGCAGUUAGAGGAUGACAACGUGCUCGUGGUGAGCGGCGAGAGGAGGAGGGACAAAGAGAAGGAUGAGAAGGAAGGAGUGAAGUAUGUAAAGAUGGAAAGAAGAAUUGGGAAGUUUAUGAGGAAGUUUGAGUUGCCUGAAAAUGCAAAUUUGGAGAAAAUUAGUGCAGUUUGUCAAGAUGGUGUGUUGACUGUUACUGUUGAGAAGGUGCCUCCUCCUAAGCCUAAGGUUCCUAAGACUAUUGAAGUUAAAGGUGCUUAAUUAAUUAAGAUGUAUUAAUUUGAAAAAUUAUGUUUGAUGAAUGCUUUUUUUAUGGAAGAUGAGGAGUUUGUUGUAACUUUAAAGUCACAAAUAAUGUAUGUUGUUCUUGUGUUCAUUUGGAUUUGAG